AUGGACUUACACCGGGCAGCCUUCAAGAUGGAGAACUCAUCCUACCUUCCCAACCCCCUGGCAUCCCCAGCACUGAUGGUCUUGGCGUCCACGGCCGAGGCCAGCCGUGAUGCUUCCAUCCCUUGUCAGCAGCCACGACCCUUCGGUGUACCUGUCUCAGUAGACAAGGACGUGCAUAUUCCAUUCACCAAUGGCUCCUACACCUUUGCCUCCAUGUACCACCGGCAAGGUGGGGUGCCGGGCACCUUUGCCAAUCGUGAUUUCCCCCCUUCCUUACUGCACCUCCACCCUCAGUUUGCCCCCCCAAAUCUAGAUUGCACCCCCAUCAGUAUGCUGAAUCACAGUGGUGUGGGGGCUUUCCGUCCCUUUGCCUCCAGCGAGGACCGGGAGAGCUAUCAGUCAGCCUUCACGCCGGCCAAGCGACUUAAGAACUGCCAUGACACAGAGUCCCCCCACUUGCGCUUCUCUGAUGCAGAUGGCAAGGAGUAUGACUUUGGGACACAGCUGCCGUCUAGCUCCCCCGGUUCACUUAAGGUUGACGACACUGGGAAGAAGAUCUUUGCGGUCUCUGGCCUCAUUUCUGACCGGGAAGCCUCAUCUAGCCCAGAGGACCGGAAUGACAGAUGUAAGAAGAAGGCAGCAGCGUUGUUUGACAGCCAGGCCCCCAUCUGCCCCAUCUGCCAGGUCCUGCUGAGGCCCAGCGAGUUGCAGGAGCACAUGGAGCAGGAGCUAGAGCAGCUGGCCCAACUGCCUGCCAGCAAGAAUUCCCUUCUGAAGGAUGCCAUGGCUCCAGGCACUCCCAAGUCCCUUCUGUUGUGUGCUUCCAUCAAGAGGGAAGGGGAGUCUCCCACGGCAUCACCGCACUCCUCUGCCACCGACGACCUGCACCACUCUGACCGAUACCAGACCUUCCUGCGAGUGCGAGCCAACCGGCAGACCCGACUGAAUGCUCGGAUUGGGAAAAUGAAACGGAGGAAGCAAGAUGAAGGGCAGGUAUGUCCCCUGUGCAACCGCCCCCUGGCAGGAUCGGAGCAGGAGAUGAGUAGGCAUGUGGAGCAUUGCCUUUCAAAGAGGGAAGGCUCCUGCAUGGCUGAGGAGGACGCUGUGGACCUCGAACACGAGAACAGCAACCGCUUUGAGGAGUAUGAGUGGUGUGGGCAGAAGCGGAUACGAGCCACCACUCUUCUGGAAGGUGGCUUCCGAGGCUCCGGCUUCGUCAUGUGCAGCGGCAAAGAGAACCCUGACAGUGAUGCUGACUUGGAUGUGGAUGGGGAUGACACUCUGGAGUAUGGGAAGCCACAAUACACGGAGGCUGAUGUCAUCCCCUGCACAGGCGAGGAACCUGGUGAAGCCAAGGAGAGAGAGGCACUCCGGGGCGCAGUCCUAAAUGGUGGCCCUCCCAGCACCCGCAUCACGCCUGAGUUCUCUAAAUGGGCCAGUGAUGAGAUGCCGUCCACCAGCAACGGUGAAAGCAGCAAGCAGGAGGCCAUGCAGAAGACUUGCAAGAACAGCGACAUCGAGAAAAUCACCGAAGACUCCGCCGUGACCACAUUUGAGGCCCUGAAGGCUCGGGUCAGAGAGCUUGAACGGCAGCUAUCUCGUGGGGACCGUUACAAAUGCCUCAUCUGCAUGGACUCAUAUUCGAUGCCCCUAACGUCCAUCCAGUGUUGGCACGUGCACUGCGAGGAGUGCUGGCUGCGGACCCUGGGAGCCAAGAAGCUGUGCCCUCAGUGCAACACGAUCACAGCGCCCGGAGACCUGCGGAGGAUCUACUUGUGAGCCAGCCCCCCUGCAGGCCUGGCCUCGGGCAGCCCCACCUGCCCUAGCCUCUGACAGUGACCCUCUCCCUUUGUACAUACUUGCACACAGGCUCCCCAUGUACAUACAUGCACAUACUCACACACGUACACACAGGACUCUGGAGCCAGAGUGGGGCUGAGGCUCAGGCCCUGCCUGCUGGCUCUCGCCAAGUCUGGGGACCAUACCUGUUCAGCCUCUGUUCCCAGGGUGGGGCAGGGAGGUGGCGGUGGGGGAGUAGUGGGGCAAAGCUCCUGAGAUCCAGCGCCGAGACGGACAGAUGGACAGACUCGCAGACACCAGACUGAAGCACAUGUAAUAUAGACCGUGUAUGUUUACAAUGUUGUGUAUAAACGGGACAACUCCUCACCCUCCACCCCACCCUGCCCCUUUGGUUGUAUGAUUUUCUUCUUUUUUUAAGAACCCGUGGAAGCAGUGCCUCCUUCAGGACUGGCUGGGGGCUCGGCCCAUCCACCUCUUGGGUGCCUGCCUCUCCCUCUUCCGUGAUGUCCCUUCCCUCUCCAUGUGCUCGGUGUUCAGUGGUAUAUAUUUCUUCUCCCAGACAUGGGGCACAUGCCCCAAGGGACAUGAUCCUCUCCUUAGUCUUAGCUCAUGGGGCCCUUUAUAAGGAGUUGGGGUGGGGCAGAAAACGGGAACUGAGCUGAAGCAGAGGCUGAGGUUAGGGCUGGCUGAGGGUGCUCCUGGCUGCCCAGCCCUCUGCUGAGAGCCGUGCCUGGGAGUAGAGCUGCUGUUCCCAGGGACAAGUGUUGCUCCUCCACCUCCCCGGGAGCCCAUGGUGUGAUGCUGUGUCUGUAUAUUCUAUACAAAGGGACUUGUUCUUUCCCUUUGUAAACUACAUUUGACAUGGAUUAAACCAAUAUAAAGA